AUGCGGCGCGCAGCCCUCGUCGCCGUCGCGGCCUUGGCGGCCCGGCCCGCCGCCGCCGACGCGCCGGCGCGCUACGGCUUCUCGACGGAGAUCGCGACGCUGCUGGAGCUGAGCCUCUUCCAGAGCCUGGCGGAGCACCAGACGAACUCGGCCAUCCUCUCCGGCGCCUUCGACACGGCCUGGCUCUACAACGGCACGCUCCUGCUCGAGGACGUGCGCGCGCUGCUCUACACGGAGCUGCUGGCGUCGUCGAGCGACGUCUACUUCAUCUACUCCGGGUUCACGAACGGCGCGUUCAUCGGCUACUACAACGAGGGCGUCGUCCUCGCGGCGGGCGGCGGCCGCGCCAUCGGCUGGAUCGACGACGAGAACAGCACGUGCCCGGACUGGGGCAUCGACGAGCAGUGCCGCGCCUACUACGCCAUCGAGCCCGUCACGGGCCACCGGAGGGACCAGCUCAGCGCCAUCGCCUACGACCCGCGGCAGCGCGGCUGGUACAAGACGCUCGUCGCGCUGCAGGGCGACGGCGCGACGGCCGUGUCCUCGUGGAGCUCCAUCUUCCGCGACUCGACGCUGUCGGCGACGCAGUACCACCCGCCGGGCAACGCCAGCUACCCGUCGACGGACCACUCCAUGGCGCUCUGCUCGUCGCUCCUCUCCGCGCGGGGCGCCUUCCAGGGCGUCGGCUGCACGGCGCUGCUCCUCGACGUGCUCGACCGCGGCUUCCGGACCGUGCUCGCCGACUACGACGACGACGACGUGCUCGCCUACGUGCGCGAGCGGCCGACGGGGCGCGUCGUGCUGAGCUCCAUCCGGAACUCGACGCAGCUCUGGGACCCGACGUACGUGGGGUCGAAGCCGCCGGCGCUCUUCUACGACGGCGCGGAUCAUCCCGUCGCGCUGAUCAAUCGGUCCGUCGCCUACCUCGACGCGCUGAAUUUGUGGAGAAACGACACGGUGGUCCACGACGCGGACGCGGGCUAUUUCUACGAGACGAUUCGCGUCACGGACGACUACUUGGACUGGAGCCUCGUCGUGGUGCAGGCGGCGCGGUGCCCCGAGGCCUACUACACGGUCUUAGACGACGGCGCUUUUUACGGGUCCUGCCAGGCCUGCGUCGACGGCGCGACGACCGUCGAGGGCGCGGCGACGAGCUGCGACCUCUGCGUCACGGGCAGCUACCGCGACGACGAGACCGGCGAGUGCUUGGCGUGCCCGUCCGAGGGCUUCGAGUGCGAGACGACGGACGUCACGCUGAGCGCGCUCCCGCUGGAAGCGGGGUUCAUGCGCAUGCACGGCCGGUCCACGGAGGCCCUCAGGUGCGUCGGCGGCGACGAGGCGUGCCCCGGCGGGCCGACGGUGGGGUGCGCGGAGGAGGACUACGAGCCCGACGGCCCCUACUGCUCCGUCUGCAAGCGCGGCUCCUACCUCAACGACGCGGGCCACUGCCACGCCUGCGGUAAAUCCCUCGGCGCGCGGACGGCCGUGGGCCUCGCGGUGUCCUGCGCCGCCCUCGUCCUCCUGGGGCGCUACCUCUCGUCGCUGGGCUCCGACGCGGCGGCGACGAAGCGCGCCGUCGCGACGGGGCGGCUCAUGAACAAGCUCAAGUCCAAGUGGCGCAUCAUGUUCGUCGCGUUCCAGAUCGUCUACUCGCAGCCCGCGCUGCUGCCGGACGUGUCGCUGCCGUCGGUCCUGGAAAAGCAGUACCACGCGCUCGACGUCGUCUCGCUGGACUUUGGCGCCCUCUUUCCCUUCCGCUGUAGUGGCGGCGACUACUACACGGGCCUGCUCUUCGCGACGCUCGCGCCGAUCGUUUUUGUAGCGGCGGUCUCCGGGGCCACGUGGCUCCGGUCGCUCCUCUCCGACCGCGUCGCCGACGGGGACGUCAAGGUCGCGACGGCCACCGUCGGCGUGCUCGUCACCUACGUCGUGCUCCCCGCCGUGACGACGGAGAUUUUAGCGAUCUACGACUGCGAGGCGCUCGACGGCCGCGACGGCGACGGCGCGACGCCCUACAUGCGCCACGACUACAGCGUGCGCUGCGAGGGCUGGACCUACGCCUGCUACCGCGCCUACGCGACGCUCAUGAUCCUCGUCUGGCCCCUGGGCGUGCCCCUGCUCUACUUCGCGCUCCUCUACCGGCGGCGCCGCGACAUCGACCCGCCCGUGAGCGUCGCCCCUACGGACGAGAAGCGGCGCCGCGCGUCGAUGACGCGGAGCGCGGCGGGCGACGUGCACCGCGUCUACGGCCGGGCGUCGGCCGACGAGGGGCGCAUGCUCGACGAGGACAGGCUCGCGCUGCAGAUCCGGACGCGCGGCGCGAACCCGGACGUCCGCCACCUCACGCUGCUCUUCGCGCCCUACGAGCCGCCGCGGUGGUGGUGGGAGGUCAUGGAGAUCGCCCGGCGCCUGCUGUCGACGUCGUUCUUGCUGCUCUUCCACGGCUCGAAGACGCGCAUCUUCUUCGCGGUCGUCGUGUCACUCGCGUCGAUCAAGCUCUACAGCACGUACGCGCCGUUCAUCUCCGACUCCGACGACCUGCUGGCGGAGUCGCUCCAGUGGCUCGUGACGCUGAACCUGCUCUGCCUGCUGAUGAUCGAGACCGCGGGCACGGACGCGCCCGUGGCCUACGCGUCGAUCGCGCUGCAGGUCGCGGCGCUUUUGGGGUCGUUGGCCUUGGUCCGCGCGGACCUCGCGCGCGAGCGGCGGCUGCUGAACCAGGCCAUGGGCGAGUUCGCCGAGGAGAUGAGCCACGCGCGGGAGAAGAUGCACGAGCUCGAGGCGUCCGCGCGCCAGGGCCUCGACGCCGCGACGGAAAGCGUGCGGCAUCGGGAAAAGUCGAUCGAGCGCGCGCUCGCCGCGCUCCGCGUCGGCAGCGUCGCCGGCAAGCGGGAGCCACCGCCGGGGCUCGAGGUCGCGCCCCAGCCCCGGAGGACCGUCGACUUCGAGGCGCUCGUCGACGACGACGACGAUUCGGAUUCGGACGACGACCCCGCGCCGAUCGUCGUCGGCGGCGUCGACGACGCGGCGGCGGGCGACGGCGUCGAGUGCGGCGCCUGCGGCCUCUUCCUGACGCCUGAGAAGGCCGAAUACUCGGCCGAAUCGAUCGCGCGCGCCCUCGCGCUCCGCGUACGCCCGACGGACGUCUUCAUCGCCACAGCACCAAAGACGGGCACGACCUGGCUCACGAUGAUCUGCCACCAGCUGCGAACGGGCGGCGAUUUGGAUUUCGACGACAUCUACCAGGUCGCGCCGUGGCCGCCGCUGAGCUGGGACCUGGGCAUCGACUGCGACGCGGACCAGGUCGCGGCGCCGCGGCUCUUCAAGACGCACCAGCGCCUGUCCGCGCAGCCGCGCGGCGGGCGCUACCUGUGCACCGUGCGCGACCCGGCGACGACGAUCCUGAGCUGGUGGCACUUCCUGGGACCCGCGGGCAAGGACAUCCCACCGCUGCGCAAGUACGCGAACGCGUCCCAGUUCUGCCGCGACGAGCGCUUCGUCGUGGAGAACAUGCGCUUCGGCGCGGCGCUCUGGGACUACUACGUCGAGUUCUGGGAGUGCCGGCACCUCGAGAACGUGCACGUCGUGGCGUUCGAGGACCUCGCGGAGGACGCGCGCGGCGCGCUGCCGGCCCUCGCGGCGUUCAUGGGCCUGGAGCGGUCGCCGGCGGAGCUCGACGCCGUCGCGGCGCUCUGCACGCGCGAGGCCAUGCGCGCGCACGCGUCCAAGUUCGACGAGUCCUGGACCUACCGACGGCUCGUCGACGUCGGCCGCAUGGGCGACCCGUCGUCCUACGUGCCGUCGGACCGCGUGCGCGCCGCGACGGCGGCGACGGCGGCCUUGGACGCGGACGCGGUCGCGUUCCUGGACCGGCAGUGGGCCGAGCGGGUCGCGCCGCGCACGGGCCACCCGACCUACGCGGACUUCGCGGCCGCGCUCCCGCGGUAG